AUGAACACCGACCCCACAAAGUUACCGACGUACGAGAGCACCCACGACCGCGCGACUUGCGUCGCGUUCACCGCCCCGUCCAGCGCCCCGCUCGUCAUCACGAACACGUUCCCCGUGAACAACUCCGCCCCCGUGAGGACGACCAUGGUGAGUCCAGCCGGGAGCCCGAUCGCACCUCUCACGAACGCGCUCAAUCCCGGAUUCGACGCCGCUAAACCCGGCGACGCCCCGCCCACGCACGUCAUGAGCAGCGCCCCGAGGCCGAUGAGCGCCCCCGCGGUGAACCCGAGCGUCACCGUCGUCUCCACCGCCUGCGCCGCUUUCUUCGCGCUCGCCGCGACCGCGGCGUCGAACACCGCGGGCGGCGCCACGGCGUCCGCGCGCGGCAC